AUGGCGGCGCCGGCUGUUUCUCAGCUCCUCCCUCUGGAACUCAUUGACAAGUGCGUGGGCUCCAAGAUCUGGGUUGUCAUGAAGGGAGAGAAGGAGUUCAGCGGUACAUUGUUGGGAUUCGAUGACUACGUCAACAUGGUGCUGGAAGACGUGACAGAAUUCGAUUAUUCCGGGAACCACACCAAGCUAUCGAAGAUCCUCCUGAACGGCAACAACAUUUGCAUGUUGAUACCCGGAGGAGAAGGACCCGUUGCAACGUCAUAA